UCACACGUAUACACACAGACGCGGCCAAGACGCACGUUCGUUCACAAGCUCCACUCAGUCGAGCGCGCGUGCUGGGAGAGGAGCACCACUGAACAUCAGCACCAGUGAAGAAAGCCGCGCGCUUCCCGCACCUAUACGCUGACAGAGAGCGGUGGUUCGCUCGCUCUUGCGGUCCCUGAAGAUGGUUUGAAAGUAAAGUGCGUUUUUUUUUUCCCUCCCAUCCCCUGUGAAGAGCCGAGAUCCACAAUGUUGACGAGGCUUUUCAGUGACCCUUCGCUGCUUCCCGAUGUACAAAAAUAUUCCGGCUGGGCCGAAGACAGCGACAGCGAGGACAAGAUCAAAGGGGAAGAUCAGGACACACAGGACGGCAUGGAGGCCUCUGGGCUAAGAGGAGACAGUCGGACUCACUCAGAGCACGAAGGGGAAGACGACGAGGACGACGAGGUGGAGGAAGAGGACGACGGAGAGGACACAGAGGGAGACAGGCCCAAGAAAAGGGGCCCAAAAAAGCGCAAAAUGACCCAGGCCAGGAUCGAACGCUCAAAGAUGCGGCGGAUAAAAGCAAAUGCUCGAGAACGCAAUCGUAUGCAUGAUCUGAACUCUGCGCUGGACAAUCUCCGUAAAGUGGUGCCCUGCUACUCCAAAACACAAAAACUGUCCAAAAUCGAGACAUUACGGUUGGCCAAAAACUAUAUCUGGGCCCUGUCAGAGAUAUUGCGCUCUGGGAAAAGGCCUGACCUCGUUUCCUAUGUCCAGACGCUGUGCAAGGGACUCUCCCAGCCUACGACCAACCUGGUGGCGGGAUGCCUCCAACUGAGCUCCCGCAACUUCCUAACUGAGCAGCAGUGCCAGGAGGGGGGCAGGUAUGGGUCAGGCUCCUUCUCCAUGCAUUCCUACCCUUACCAGUGUGCGCGUCUCUCCAGUCCCCACUGCCAACCGGGCUCGAACUCCCAUCCGCUGAGGACACACGGCUAUUGCUCGACUUACGACUCACUCUAUGGUGGGAGCGGAUCCCCGGAGUAUAACAGCCCCGAGUAUGAGGGGCCUCUCAGUCCGCCUGUGUGCAUCAACGGCAACUUUUCCCUGAAGCAUCAAGGCUCUGCGUCCCCCGACAACGAGAAGGGGUACCACUAUUCUAUGCAUUACUCCGGCCUGCCUGGCUCCCGACCCACUGGGGCCCACAACCUGGUGUUUGGCUCAUCGGGGGCCCGGAGCGGUAUUCACACUGAAAACGUCCUGCCUUACCACGACAUGCACAUACACCACGAACGGGCCCCAGUCUAUGAUGAACUGAACGCGUUUUUUCACAAUUAAGCAAGAAGCCUAUCGAGCGUCCCCUUGCAAUCAACAAUCUAUCCACGGCACACUUUUUUUGACAAGCUUACCCGCCAGGAUUUAGUCAUUCUGGGGAAAUCUUUCACUUGUUGUCAUCAGUGUUGUUCUUUUAAUUUGUUCUGUCUUUAAAAAUGUUUUUUGCUAUAGUCAGAGAUGUAGUGGAGGGUAAUCCACCUAUCCAACAAUCUUCUUUUGCGCAACAGAAUUUGUCUCUAUCUCUAAGAGGAAAUUUGAUAAGCAAAUCAAGACCAGUGAGGAAAAUGGAAUUUAAAUUUGCUCACAAUUUUAAUGUGUGGUUGUCUUUGUAUUGGUGGUUGUCUGCAUUUUCAUGGCUGGGAGUCAAAGUUUACCCACUAAUUUAUUUACCACUACAUCACUGGCAACAGCUCUGCUCUGACGUUUUUCUAAUAAAAUACAUGAAUAACAAAGAAAAGGUACAUCACAUUUGCUCGCCUGAGGAUGUGAGGGUUUUUUAUUUAUUUAUUUAUUUAUUUUUAGGAAUUACUAAAUCAAGAUGACAGAGAGAAAAAUCCUGAGAACUGUACUUGUUGGGUUGCUUUAGAAGAAUCUAUUCCCCAGCAAAUCAAUCGUUUCUGCGUCUAUGCAAAAUCCAGCGAGGCCACAGAGCGAGGGAACUAGGCCCCGAAGGACACUGUAUGUUUCAUCAGCACUGUUGCUGCACGCACGGGUGCGCGCAGACAUACAACACACACACGCACGUACGCACGCACACACACACACACACACACACACACACACACACACACACACACA